AUGAAGAUCCUAUUUUGCCUCUCUCUCUUCGGUCUGGCUACCGCUGAUAUCUCCCUCCAAAUCAUUACCGACAACAACUGUGGUGCGGAUGGCGGCGAAAUUCUUCAAGAUAUUCACGCCAAUCUCGGCAACCAAUUCGACAGCACUGAGUGCAUAGCAACAGGCCAAUACAACUCGGUCAACCUGGUCAGCGUCGAUCCGGGCUUCCAGUGCAACCUCUAUGGCGAUGCGGCAUGUGCCAAUUUUCUCCGGACGGUAAAUACCGUGGGCUGCGAACCCAUCAUCGGUCUCGGCACCAUCUGCUUCGACCAAUCGCUCUUUACCAAUCCAUUCGCCCAGUCGACGGCGGUGAUCUCGGUGGGCACUCAACCAAUCAAUCUUUUCGGCGGAGACCUCUUCGAUGCCGUAGUCAAGUCCUCAGUCCAACACUCGUGCUCGGACACUGGAUGUGAUAACACCAACCCGCUUGUCCUUACAACGAACAUUCCACCCAGCAACCCUGCCUGUCACGAAGGGCUCGAUCAGAUUGAUCCGUCAGCGUGUGCUACGGAAGACUGUACAACCACCGUCACAUUGACGGGCAACUUUGACAACAGCAACGAAAGAGACUAUAUGGAGAGCUUGCUGCAAAAUGUAGCGGCUGGUAUCGUCUCCAACCCAGUCUCUUUUCUCCAGGUGGAAAUGAAGUCGCCCUCCUCAGCCGUUCAGGCAGGCCUGACACUGGAUUUCGUCAGUCAGUGUAACUCAGUCUCUCCACCAUCUUCAUUUGAUUGUAGCUCAGCAAUUUCAGAUGUCGGCUCAGCUGCCUUGGCUUUGAUCCCGGAUGUAGGAGGAGUCAUCGCCACCAUUUUCCAAGUUGCUUGUGAUUCGAACAGCUCAUAG